UGACGCAAUCACGUCGUGCCGACCGGAAGUAGGACGUUCACGUUCUUGCACAGCCUAUCUUUGUGGCGCCUUCUUGUCAUACGAUUAUUAUUCGUUUCAUUCAAAAAAAAUCUUUUUUUUGGUCACAUUUUCUGUCGGAGAAGAAGGGUCGUCGUCACGGCCGAGGAGCUGGUUCUUACGGUCACAGUUGUGCGCGGGAGCUUCAAUGACCAUGAGGUGACGACCGUGUGCUUCAACAAGCCCGCGCGGUGGACAUAUGGCACGGAUCACGUUGUGGUUCCUGCCGGCGUCCUGGUACUGCGGCGUGGCCCCCAGGCAGAAGCUGCUGCUGCUGCUCCUGCUGCUGGCCGCCUCGGUCCUGCUGCUCCUGGGCCCUCAGCAGAGGUUCCUUUGGGGCCCCCACAGACCACACGGGGCUCGCUUCAGCAAGUACCUCUCCAGCGCCGAGUCCAUGGAGGCCACUGACGUGCGGGACGCGGGCCUCAACUACGGCGUGGCGGUGGACUGCGGCAGCAGCGGCUCUCGCGUGUUCGUGUACUACUGGCCCCCCCACAACGGAAACCCCCACACGCUGCUCGACAUCCGGCAGAUGAGGGACCGUGACCGGCAACCUGUCGUCAAGAAGAUUAAGCCGGGCAUCUCCACGCUGGCAACGUCUCCGACUCGGGCCAGCGACUACAUGCAUCCUCUGCUCAACUUCGCCGCCACCCACGUGCCCCAGAACAAACACAAGGAGACGCCGCUUUACAUCCUCUGUACCGCCGGCAUGAGGCUACUGCCAGACAGCCAGCAGGCAGCCAUCUUGGAUGACCUGGUGAGCGACAUUCCUCUGGACUUUGACUUCCUUUUUUCCCGCUCUUACGCUGAAGUCAUCUCUGGGAAGCAGGAAGGCGUUUAUGCGUGGAUCGGUAUCAACUUCGUGUUGGGCCGCUUCGACCACGCCGACGACGAGGACGCCACGGUGGAGGUGACCACAGGCUCGCAGCACCAGCGGCCAAUCAGCCGCCGCCGCACCGUGGGCAUCAUGGACAUGGGCGGAGCUUCGCUGCAGAUCGCAUAUGAGGUGCCCAGCGCCAUCACCUUCAGCUCGCCACAAGAGGAGGAGGCGGCCAAGGGCGUCCUGGCCGAGUUCAACCUGGGCUGCGACGUGGAGCACACGCAGCACGUGUACCGCGUCUACGUCACCACCUUCCUGGGCUUUGGCGGCAACAUGGCCCGACAGCGCUACGACGACCAUAUCGUCAAUGACACCCUGGACAAAAACAGGUUACUCAGCACUCAGACGGGCCUGAGCGAGGACAAACCUUACCUGGAACCCUGCUUGCCCCUCGCCCUGUCGCACACGGUGGUCCGAGACAACCGCACCUUGCACCUGAGAGGCCAGGGAGACUGGGCCCGCUGCCUGGAGGCCGUCCAACCCUUCCUGGGCCUGCGCAACGGCACCAUGACGGCGGCAGGGGGCGUCUACCAGGCCCCCAUCAACUUCAGUAACAGCGAGUUCUACGGCUUCUCAGAGUUUUACUACUGCAUGGAGGACGUGCUGCGCAUCGGCGGACAGUACGACAGCGACAAAUACUCAAAGGCCGCCACGAGCUUUUGCGCCACCAAAUGGUCGACACUGAAACAGCGUCUGGACAAGAAGCUUUUCUCUCAGCAGGCCGACAUCGACAGACUCAAGUAUCAGUGCUUCAAGUCAGCGUGGAUGUUCCAAGUUCUGCACACCGGCUUCCGCUUCCCCGGCGACUACCGCGGUCUGAGGACGGCGCAGCUGGUCUACGACAAGGAAGUGCAGUGGACGCUGGGAGCCAUCUUGUACAAGACGCGAUUCCUGCCACUCAGGGACCUCCAGGCGCUACGCCAGAGCCACCCCAGCUGGCUGCGCUCCUCCUUCGUGUACAACCACCACCUGUUCUCGCUGUGCCUGUUGGUGGUGGUGUUGGCCAUUUUGCUCUACAUUCUACGCCUGAGACGCAUCCACCAGCGAGAACAGCGGCAGAUCGACACACUGGACAUGCUCUGGGCCGACGAAGGAGAGGUGCUCAUACCCUGACAAUUGCCAUAUUGCGAUUUUUAUAUAGUCGACUCCAUAGGUCACGAAAUUAGGGAGCAGGGAAUGAAUUGUUCACCAUUCCCUACUCACUAAUCACUACAUCGACAUUUUCGAUAUAAAAAUCCCAAUAUAGUGAUUACGCAGAUUGGGGAUGAAGCGAUGGCAUCGUCCUCUGUCCUACUUGAAUGAUUCCCUCUUUGACACUUUAUUGCAGGGGUGGGCAAACUAUGGCGUGAGCUCCGGUUCAUUGAUUUAUUAUAGGUAAUAAAAUGAGAAGGUUUUGUAAAAAUCUACAAAUUCACACAUGACAAUAAAGGACAUCAUUAUUUUAGCCAUUAUUGCUUUUACAAUUUAGUCAAUAAUUGGUUAAUUGUAAUUAUCGUUGAAUUGAUUUAUUAUGGAUAAAUUCAAGUAAAUAAAAGGAUCAGUUGUACUUUAUUUGAUUCAAAUAAUUGGUUGUUAUUAGUACCGUCCACCGUUACUUAAGGCAAAAAAUAAAUCUGACAUGAGUAAGUCCUCCUCGCUGGUAGUUGGGGCUACAUUGCGGCCGUUGGACACAUCGGCGAAUCAUCGUGUGCGUCAGAAAGAAAGGUCUUUGUUCACAAUUAUAUGUCACCGUGUUCAUUGAAAUUUUGUGUACCAAAAUUCGUACUUGGUAUCAGUGAGUACUCAAGAGUGAAUACUUGAAUUGGUUUGGGUCUGAAAAAAAAAAGUGGCAUCAAACAUCCUUUGUUAUGAUGAAAUAAUAAAUAAGAAUGAACAUUUGUAUUAAAACAUACAAUUUUAUAUAAUUUACAUACAUUAUAAUUUUGACAUUUUUGGGGAAAACAAGCACCAAAAAAAAACAAUUCAGCAAAGUCCAGUUGCCUCCAUUCAACCUUCACGGAGAAACAAAGUGCAUUGGUAUUUGUAUUGGUAAUGUGACAGUAAGUUCAAAAUGACUUCAGCAAUUAUGUUAUUCGGCUAACAAUGUUCUACUUUUUCUUUGCUCUACAAUGAAGCUGGCCCCCUGUGUCCAUUUAUCCAGAUGAACUGUAGCCAUUGAACCGUUUAGUUUGCCCUCGUUUGUAACUUACUGAAGACGAAAGCUGCUGUGGACUCUUAUUCUCAGUCUUGAACAUGAACUGUUCCUUUGUGUACAUUCCUUAAUGUUUGUUGUCAAAGUGGAGCACAAAAGUGAUUUGUCCAAUGUUAGAUGUGGGCAAGGUGCAAUAGUGACCUGAUAUGGCCCAAAUGUGAAUACAAAUGAUUCCAUGCCAAUAAAACACAAUAUUUUGAUAA